AUGUCCUCAAUACUUCUGUUUCAAUGGUUUCUGGUCUUUUUUAUUCUCUUAAUCUCUUCAACUACAGCACGGCUUAAUAUUCCAAGGCUUAGUCCAAUAGGACCAAGAAUUCUUGAAGGCCCAGCUGAGAUUUUGUCUGAACUAGUUUCAGAUGAUUUAGAAACAUUCUUUUACUACCAAACUCUCGAUCAUUUCAACUAUAAACCUGAAAGUUACAGCACCUUUGAACAAAGAUAUGUGAUCAAUUCCAAAUACUGGGGUGGUGCUAAUGCUAGUGCACCAAUUCUUGUGUAUUUUGGUGCAGAAGUACCACUGGAUGGUGAUCUUGCUGUUAUUGGGUUUCUAUCAGACAAUGCUAUUCGAUUUAAUGCUCUUCUGCUAUAUAUAGAACAUAGAUACUAUGGGAAAUCAAUCCCAUUUGGAUCAAGAGAAGAAGCAUUGAAAAAUGGAAGCACUCUUGGAUAUUUCAACUUUGCUCAAGCUAUUGCAGACUAUGCUGAAAUUAUCAUUCAUGUCAAGAAAAGCUUCCAAGCUGAAAAUUCUCCGGUUAUCGUCAUCGGAGGAUCCUAUGGUGGAAUGCUGGCUUCCUGGUUUCGACUUAAGUACCCUCACAUAGCCCUUGGAGCUUUGGCUUCAUCAGCACCUGUUCUUUACUUUGAUGAUAUUACUCCACAGGAUGGAUACUAUUCCAUUGUCACCAAGGAUUUUAGAGUAAUCUAUCUUCAUUCAUGCCAUUUUUUUAUUUAAUAUUAUACUUGUUUUUAAGACAGUGGCUUUGGUGUAACGAUAAAGUUACUCCACUUGUGAUAUGGAGAUCACAUAUUCGAGCCACGAAAGCCCACAAGUAU